AUGUUCACCCACAUCAGCUUCGACAUCAAGUACAACGGCGACAGGGUGAUUGAGGUGAACGUGCUGACGGACCCGGCGCGCGUCGUCGACAUAAGCGAGGGCGUGGACCUCCCCACAGCAGAGUUCACCUACAGCGUGAAGUGGGUGCCCACCACAAUACCCUACGAGGAAAGGCUGCAGCGCUACGAGCGGUUCCCCCUCAACCCCGUGCACCUGGAGAUCCACUGGUUCAGCAUCAUCAACAGCUGCGUCACGGUGCUGCUGCUCACGGGCUUCCUGGCCACCAUCCUGCUGAGGGUGCUCAAGGCUGACUUUGUCAAAUUCAGCCGCGGGGAGGACGGCGGCGCCCUGGAGGAGGAGGAGGCCGGCUGGAAGUACGUCCACGCGGACGUCUUCAGGUUCCCCCCCGCCAAGACGCUCUUCUGCGCCUUCGUCGGCACCGGCACCCAGGUCUUCGCGCUCUCGUUCUUCAUCUUCGGGCUGUCCCUCGUCGGCGUGUUCUACCCCUACAACCGCGGCGCGCUGUUCACGGCCAUGAUAGUGCUGUACGCGCUGACGGCCUGCGUCGCGGGCUACGUGGCGACGAGCUACUACCGCCAGUUUGAGGGGACGCGGUACGCGCACUCGAUACUGCUGACCGUGUGCGUGUACUGCGGCCCGUUCUUCCUCACAUUCUGCUUCCUCAACACCGUGGCCAUCGUGUACCGGUCCACUGCGGCGCUGCCGUUUGGCACCAUCUUGAUCAUCCUCUUCAUCUGGGGGCUGGUCACCAUACCCCUGACCGUCGCGGGCGGCAUCGCCGGCAAAAACAGCAAGGCGGACUUUGACGCUCCGUGCAGGUUUGCUUAG